CAGACGUGAGGUUUUACAUUUGUUAUCCCUUGGAGUGUUGACGUGUUAGCAAACGUUGAAAUCCAUCGGCGGCGUUUGUCAGAUCUAGAAAAAGUGUAAAAAUACCAUAAAAACCGGACCUCCUCGGGCUGUAAAAACUUGUAUAAACAAUGGCGAUAAAACGAGAUAAAAAGGAGGAGGAAGACGGUGCAAACCCAUUCCAGAGCAUGGACAAGACGAGCGUCCUCCAGGAUGCGAGGACCUUCAACGAGACUCCGGUCAACCCGAAGAAGUGCACGCCCAUACUCACUAGGAUCCUGUACUUGCUCAACCAGGGAGAGCAACUUGGUACGACAGAGGCAACUGAGACGUUUUUUGCCAUGACAAAGCUUUUUCAGUCAAAGAACGCCGUCUUAAGAAGAAUGGUCUACCUUGGUAUAAAGGAACUGUCCACAAUAGCCGAGGAUGUUAUAAUAGUGACUUCGAGCCUUACGAAAGACAUGACAGGAAAGGAAGACCUGUACAGGGCUGCUGCCAUCAGGGCUUUGUGCAGCAUCACAGAUGCGACGCAGCUUCAGACUAUUGAACGAUACAUGAAACAGGCUAUUGUUGAUAAGAACCCGUCGGUUGCAAGCGCUGCUCUUGUGAGCAGUCUUCACAUGAGUAAAAUUGCAGGUGAUGUCGUCAAAAGAUGGGCAAAUGAAGCACAAGAAGCUACCAAUUCUGAUAGUGUAAUGGUACAGUAUCACGCAUUGGGUCUUCUUUAUCACAUAAGGAAAUCAGACAGGCUUGCUGUCUCUAAGCUUGUAGCCAGACAAACUAAGUCACGUUUGACGUCAUCUUUUGCUGCCUGCUUGCUUAUAAGAAUUGUUUGCAAGCAACUUGAGAAAGAAGGAGGGGAUUACGCGGAUUCCCCGCUUUUCAAUUUUGUCGAGUCGUGCCUUCAUCAUAAGUCGGAAAUGGUCGUUUAUGAAGCUGCUGCUGCAAUGGUGAAUCUCAGGAAUACGACGGCAAGGCAGGUAUCGCCUGCCGUGAGUGUCCUUCAGCUGUUCUGCGGUUCAUCCAAGCCAACACUCAAAUUCGCCGCAGUCCGGACACUCAACAAGGUCGCCAUGACUCACCCACCGGUCGUGACUUCUUGCAACCUCGACCUUGAAUGUCUCAUCACAGAUCAGAACCGUUCUAUCGCAACCCUGGCCAUCACGACCCUACUGAAAACAGGAGCCGAAUCUGCAGUCGACAGGCUAAUGAAACAAAUUGCAUCAUUCGUAUCAGAAAUAAGCGACGAGUUCAAAAUCGUAGUCGUCCAAGCGAUCAGAGCCCUCUGCCUCAAAUUUCCCAGGAAACACAGCACCCUUAUGACAUUUCUGUCAGCGAUGCUCAGAGACGAGGGUGGCCUUGAUUACAAAACUUCAAUAGUUGACACCAUUAUAACAAUCAUCGAAGAUAAUCCUGAUGCCAAAGAAAUCGGCCUAGCACACUUAUGUGAAUUUAUUGAGGACUGCGAACAUGUCAGUCUGGCUGUUAGGAUUUUACAUCUGUUAGGAAAAGAAGGUCCUAAAACAGUACAGCCUUCCAGGUACAUACGAUUUAUUUACAACAGAGUUAUUCUUGAACCUGCGGUUAUUCGGGCUGCUGCGGUUUCAGCUUUGGCACAAUUUGGUGCUCAGAGCCCCGACCUUCUUGCCAACAUAUUGGUGCUUUUGGCGAGAUGUCAGAUGGAUACAGACGAUGAAGUCAGGGACCGUGCAACAUACUACUACAACAUUCUGAAUAAUCAGGACAGACUUCUAAUUGUUGAAUACGUUGUCGAACCAAUCCAGGUUUGUUUGGUUAGCCUGGAAAAAGCUCUUGCACAACACCUAGCUGAAUACCCGGAAGAAACAUUUGACAUCAAGUCUGUUCCUCUAGCACCAGUUGUGACUUCUGAAGACACUCAGAAUACAAGUCAACCCGAAGGACCUCUUAGUACUAGUGAGACUACUACAAAGAAAUACAGCAAAUCUGUUCAUACAAAUUCCCUCACCGCCUGCGCAGAGAAACUGCGCCAAGUUCCAGAGCUGCAAAACGUUCCUGGACAGCUGAUCCAUAUGUCUGAGCCAGUCGAACUUACAGAAUCUGAAACAGAAUAUGUCGUCACGUGCAUCAAAUACUGCUUUCCAAAGCAUAUUGUCUUUCAGUUUGAGUGCAAGAAUACUCUCAAUGAUCAACUGUUAGAAAAGGUCUACGUGCAACUAGAACCUCCAGAAGGGUUCACAGUUUUAAGGGAAGUUCCUAUCCCAGUCCUACCAUACAAUGAGACACACAACGCUUACAUUGUCAUGGAAUUUCCUGAAGAUAUGAUGCUGUCAGUUACCUCACUGAGUGCCGUUUUGCGUUUUGUCGUCAAGGAUUGUGACCCAGCUACUGGCGUUCCAGAUUCAGAUGAAGGCUACGAUGAUGAAUAUACACUUGAAGAUAUUGAAAUAAGCUUCAAGGAUCAGACGGAAAAGGUGGACCUGGACACAGAAUCGUUUGAACAGAUUUGGGAGUCGUCCAUGGCCAACUACCACCAGAACGAAGGCACGUACUGCCUUCCGGGAGUGUCCACCAUAGACCAAGCACUGGCCAAAGUGGUCCCCUUCCUCGGCCUCUCUCCAGCAAGCUUACAAAUGAAAAAGGCCCCAGAAAAGACGUCCCAUAUGCUUUGCAUUCCAGGUAUCUUCCGUGGCAACAUUACGUUUCUGAUAAGGGCAAAGUUGGUUGAAACAGGCAACUCUGUAUCGAUGCAUCUCGUAGCACGAGCUCCCAAUGAGGAUCUCGUCAAUUUAAUUUGUGCAGUGGUUGCAUAAUUCUUUUAUUAUUAAUUAUUAUUAUUAUUAAUUUUGAUGUUUUAUUUUACAUAAAUAUAUAAGAAGUGAAGAAAAGAUGUACAGAUCAAAAGAUAAAAAGAUGUUAUAAAUAUAUUGGUUUUUUAUAUGUAAAAACAUUGAUAAACUUGCUGAUGGAUGA